UACUGAGCAAUAUGAGGAGUAUAAGAGGAAAAUGCUCCCACAGCGAGCGAAAAACAGACUGUAUGUGAGCUUUGGUGUACCAGGAGGUAUCGACUGCAAACUAGUUGGUCCAGAGACACCGUGCUUCUGUGCGCAUAGGUGGUAUAUAAUUAACCAUGCUCCAUUUUACUUGAUACAAUAGUCACUGACCAAGUAGGUGCACCUGCACUAUAGGAUCCAAUACAGAGCGAUCCAUUUAAAUCAAUUAUAAUAAAGAGCUAUACAUUCACACUUUUGUUUAUAAAUGUAUUGUUUGUAUAAGGGACCGCAUUUCUUUCUAUUAUAAAGCUAUAAACACUAAGCAAAAUAUUAGAAACACCUCUAAGGUUAUACGCAGUGCAGUUCUUUAUCAUGUAAAAUUUUCCGUUGUUGUCACAGAAAUUCAGUUUGAGGUAAAGUAUUUAUCUGUGGACCCCAUGCGUUGGUCUCAUUAGUUUCAUCGAGUUCUGUCAUCUCGUCCCGCUGUGUCAGCCAAUCGACUCGUUCCUUUUCCAUGCGUCUUCCCCCAGCUGUCCCUCAUUGUGCCAUUAGUUAGUCUUGUUUAAGCUCAUGGUUUUGUAUGGUUCCUUGUUGUGCUUUCCUGUGUAUAUGAGUUUAGAAUUUUUGGAGCGCUCUUCCUCCAGUGCUUAUUAAGUUAUGAAUUUCGAGCACAAUGAUUGUUUUUCUCCUGAUUGUUUUUAUCUAUAUCUGGUUCCACGCGUGUCUGCCAUUCUGCUCGUUACUCACAUUUAGGGAUACAGUAGUAAGCUAUCAGGUGAAAUUUCAACAUGUACCUAAAAUGUUCUUUAGUCAAUCCCCGGCCCCGCCUGUGUGGAGUUUGCAUGUUCUCCCCGUGCCUGCGUGGGUUUUCUCCGGGCACUCCGGUUUCCAUCCCACACCUAAAAUCCGAAUGUCUAUUUCUUUUAUACAAGCAACAUAAGACAGACUUUGAGAUAAUUCCUUCUGAGAGACCUUUGCUCCUACCAUGCCGAAUGAAGAAAUGUCUUUGUUCCACCUAUGAGUAUCUUCCCCACAUCGGGACAAUACCCAUCCGCUGCCAGUGUAAACAUUUACCUGAGCAUCACAACGAAACUGACGGACAUUUGUGCAAAACGUGUGACUGUUCUGGGUUCAGGAGUCCGUACACGUGUGGUUGUGGCCAGCCCAGCUUUAAUCACCAGACCCUGGUUGAGACAAAGUCCGAGAGGGAGGCACGGGGUCGCCCGGUGGGCCAAGAUGUCCCUUAUGCUGCAAUGGGAGGUCUGACUGGUUUUAGCUCCUUGUUGGAUGGUUACAUUGCUUUGGAAGCCAGUGGUUCAACUGUCUCACCUGGACAUCAAAAAGCUGCUGACAUCCAUCAGGUGUCCUCCAACGAGGACGUAAGCACGUCACACCCGAGCCGAGCAAAUGUGUCACUUACAAUGUGGCUUGACCUUCUGCUUGGCUUGCUAUCAGAAGACCUUAUCGUGCACUGCAUUCACCUGAGCAGCACAGCGGGGGAAAAAAACCUACACAGAUCAUAAUAUUGACAGCAGAAUACAUGACUUUAAACUAAAAAAAAGAGGGCUUGUUAAAAUUGUGAUUGCCUGUGUUUUCUGCAGUAGUGUAGAAAUAAGUCCUCACUUGCAAAGCAAAUACUUCCCUCCACUGUGAAUCAUGCCUCAAUACGAGCCUGACAGGAGGACCUGUGCACUAUAUUGCACCUUGGUUUGAAACAUGCCAAAGUUGGCUGCAGAGGCUCAAAAUAAUAGCAGAGCUUACUUGCAAGUAACCCUUUGGGACCAUAGUACAAUAGUGUUGCCAAAAACAGCUAUUUAGAUGUCGAGAAUUCCGUGUAACAGACGUUAAAUAGCCAAGAAAAGCUGUGUGAGGUUGAAGCGCAAAGAAGAAUGGAGGAGCAACACCUUGUUGAAGAACAGUCUUGCAAGAAAUCAUUUCAAAUUACCCCGUGUUUCAUCAACUGUGUUUUAACUAACGCAAACAGCCUAUUGGAAUAAGUCUGGUAGUAAUCUUUUCACUACAUAGUAAGUAAAAAUGAUUAUUUAUUCAAUGUGAGUCCCAUUGAGUUGGAGGAUGGCCACCGAUUUCUAGUUCUGCUGUUCAGUAGACUCUUUCCCAAUGCUGACUGUAUUAUAUUCGGAAUAUAAAUAAAUACAUAUUUUUAUCAACAAGCUAAGGCCGCUGUUUCACUCAUCUUACCCACUGUGUGUGCGAGGAUAUAGCUUUUAACCCCACAAAACAGAUGGCAAAGAACAUGAGUUAGAUUGUCUGUUUCGGACCCUAUUAUCGGGACAAAUUAAUUCUUAACACACCUCAAACGAUAGGAUGAUCUUAUAAAAUAAUCAGAAAAUAUAUCCCAUCAUCACAUUAUUGAAAGAGCGUGAGUUUGUGAGGGCUUAUUUUCAGCUGUUGAUAAUUAUACUGAACGGUCUGUCUUAUCAGAUACGGUAUAUGGCUGGCUUUUGGAUGUUGACAGAAGCUCAGUGGAAACUGUUUGUGCGGUCACAAUAAUUUUAUUGCUAAUGAUGCUCAAAUUAGAUGUGGUGGGCUAAUGUAAUAUACUCCCUCAUGGGUUAUCAAUCAGCGGAAGACCUAGUAAUACAGUGUGACAUGAUGUGUGCAGAAUAAUGUGUUUCUUUUAUUCAACACAAAGCAGCGAUGUCACGCCUAGAUUUUAAAACCCAGCAGUAAAGAUUUAACGUCAAGUAGUGUUUUAUGUAUGUACAAUAGUAUAAGAUCUUAUACAAGAGCAGUAUCAAAAAGCCUGCCUUUUUAAUUACAAAAAGGCUGCUUCUGUUUUGCAAUGCAUCUGUUUUUUGAUGUACCUAAAUAACCUCAUUUACCAAAUCAACAAUCUCAGUAUGAUGCAGUGCAAUUGUAUUGUGAUAUAAGGUAUAAUUUCAAAAUAAUACUCCUUUGAAAGUGUUAAGAAUAAUUAAUAAAAAAAAAAAAAACGGGAAAAUUUCAUUUCAGAACAAUAGCCAUACAAACUGACAUUACUUCUGUACACUGUGGAGUCUGUAUUCUGUGGCUCAAUGUUGAACGACCAGAGGGUGAAUAUAAUCAAUCAAUCAAUCAACCAAGCUAAUUUGUUCGAACAUUGUAUAUUCUGUUACGUAUUGUUUUAUUACUUGUGUCUUUUGUUUCUAGAGAGAGGAAAAACGACAUUUUGAUGUAUUCUGUAGCGUACUGCCAAUAUAAAAGCCUUGAAUGUAUGCAUUCCAUAUGGUAACCGCACAGACCAUCACUUCUUGUCCUAUAAUGGCUC